AUGAUUGCCUUAUUCGCAUUAGCCGUGUUAGUUCAGAGUGCAUUUGGAGGAAACCUGGUGGAAGUUUUACAAAACAACGGGGAGACAACUCUCAUUUCACUAGUGCAACAAGCAGGAUUGGCUGAUGCUCUGUUGGGAGUAAUUUCAGGAGAAUUCACCAUUUUUGCCCCAACAAACGCCGCUUUCUCCAAACUUCCCCAGUCCACACUUGAUAGUCUUCAGAAGGAUACGACGGCUUUGGCCAACAUUCUCAAAUACCACGUGGUUAAAGGGUCUAUCCACAAGGCCGAUGCUUCUAACGAGCUUCAGUUGGAGACACUAGCUGGAACCAAGAUUAGAUUCAAUAUAUAUUCUCAUAACAAAGCCGUGACUGUUGAAGGAUCAAAAAUCACUCACUUUGAUUUAACCGCCUCCAACGGAAUCGUGCAUGUGAUCGACACCGUGAUGAUGCCUCCACAAGGAAGUAUCGUGGAUCUGGUGGCACACAACAGUGACCUCAGCACUCUCCUGUCCAAGGUCCAGUCAGCCGGACUUGCCGGAGCUCUACAAGGUGAUGCCCUGACAGUAUUCGCUCCAACGAAUGCAGCUUUCGCUAGACUGGGAAGUCAUGUUUUGGAUAACCUAAGAAGAAAUCCACAUCUUCUGAAAGAAAUUUUGGAAUACCACGUCGUUCCUCACACUGAAUACUCAGCUGGUCUUUACAACCGCGAACAUCUCAGAACUCUCGAUACUCAUCAUGACAUCAUCAGACUAAGUGUCAGCAGUGCUGGUGGAGUAACUCUCAAUCUCAAUUCACACGUCACGAAGGCCGAUAUCAGCGCUACCAAUGGGGUAGUGCACAUCAUAGACCACGCACAUUUGAUGAUUGCCUUAUUCGCAUUAGCCGUGUUAGUUCAGAGUGCAUUUGGAGGAAACCUGGUGGAAGUUUUACAAAACAACGGGGAGACAACUCUCAUUUCACUAGUGCAACAAGCAGGAUUGGCUGAUGCUCUGUUGGGAGGAGAAUUCACCAUUUUUGCCCCAACAAACGCCGCUUUCUCCAAACUUCCCCAGUCCACACUUGAUAGUCUUCAGAAGGAUACGACGGCUUUGGCCAACAUUCUCAAAUACCACGUGGUUAAAGGGUCUAUCCACAAGGCCGAUGCUUCUAACGAGCUUCAGUUGGAGACACUAGCUGGAACCAAGAUUAGAUUCAAUAUAUAUUCUCAUAACAAAGCCGUGACUGUUGAAGGAUCAAAAAUCACUAACUUUGAUUUAACCGCCUCCAACGGAAUCGUGCAUGUGAUCGACACCGUGAUGAUGCCUCCAGAAGGAAGUAUCGUGGAUCUGGUAGCACACAACAGUGACCUCAGCACUCUCCUGUCCAAGGUCCAGUCAGCCGGACUUGCCGGAGCUCUACAAGGUGAUGCCCUGACAGUAUUCGCUCCAACGAAUGCAGCUUUCGCUAGACUUGGAAGUCAUGUUUUGGAUAACCUAAGAAGAAAUCCACAUCUUCUGAAAGAAAUUUUGGAAUACCACGUCGUUCCUCACACUGAAUACUCAGCUGGUCUUUACAACCGCGAACAUCUCAGAACUCUCGAUACUCAUCAUGACAUCAUCAGACUAAGUGUCAGCAGUGCUGGUGGAGUAACUCUCAAUCACAAUUCACAUGUCACGAAGGCCGAUAUCAGCGCUACCAAUGGGGUAGUGCACAUCAUAGACCACGUUCUGAUUCCUUCCCGUCAUUCAAUUUCCUCUAUUCUUGGUAGAAAGUAA